AUGGACGCUUCCUCGCCUAGAAUAGAUGGGACUAGUAUACAUAUAGCUAAUGCUGUGCCUCCUGGGCAAAGGCUAGAAGUUGAAGAAGGUAUAUUUCAAAUACAAAACGGUAAUGGUAGUGAUGCUGGCCAGUCUGCUGCAACUUUAUCCGCCACUAUAAGCUCAUAUUUUGAAACUGAAAGGGAUGACUUCAUGGUUAAUAGCUUACUCCAAGCUUCAGACACUUUUUUAUCCUAUGCUCAUGGUUCUGUUAUCAAGACAAACUCAAUUGAUGGCCAGCAAGAAUACUUCCAAAUGAUCAAAUUGUCUAUUCAAAGUUUAUUAAUGUUGGUGAAAAAUUAUAGACAAUUGUUGAAUCCUACGUUAGAGCUGAUGGUAUAUUUCAAGUUAGCUAAAAUAUACUUCCUGGAAACAGAAAUUAUAAGUAGAGCAGAUGAUUAUAUAAACAAGGCUAUCUCCAUAUCAACUAGGAAUAACUUAUACAAGAUCAAAUUUAUAAGUGAGUUUUUGGCUGCACAGAUCAUCCAGAAAUCAACAACCACGAUGACUUCUAAUUCGACGGAUUCAUUAUUGUCCAAAUACUUGGACGAGAGAAUGUCAACUUUUAAAUCACUAGGAUUAAAUGUUUACGUGAAUCUUUUUCAAUUAUUGAAAAUAAGCAAUUUGAUGGUAGUUGAUCACUCCACUGGCUUAGUCGUUCUUCAAUCGUUAUGUAAUGAUACGACUGUAGACACUGGGGUUAAAUUAUUGUGCUUGGUGUACCAAUCUAGCAUGCACCUUUAUAGGGGCUCGCCUGAGCAAGCACUUUCUAUUUUAGACAAUGUGCACAAUAUUCUUUUUGCUCCAGAUGCCAAUUAUUCGAUUCAAUUGAAGGCGAUGUACUAUUUGCAGCUUCACCUUACUUACAUACAAAUUGCAAAUUUGAAAGAAUCUAAAAAGGUUAUGCAAGAAAUCAGUAAACUAUUAUUACUGGAGCAGGAAAAUGGCUGGCAGUCUUGGAAGGAAGACGGGUACUUUGAAAUCCUUCAGUCUAUAGAAGGGGUGUCGACAACAGUACCUUACCAGGUUUCUUGGAUGAACUCAGACGAGUUUGUUAUAAUGUUUUACUUCCUAUCUGGUGUGAACAUGAUAUAUGAAGCACAUAAUGGAAAGAAUAAAUCGAUGAGGGUUUUUAAGAAAUGCUUAGAUAUAAUCGAGAAACAAUUACAGCAGUUAACAGGAAUGCUGGUAUUGAGUGAAAGAAACUUUAGUAUUAAGGAUUUGACUAAGAAAAAGAUAAAAUUGAGAUAUUUGCAAUACUCCAUUAAUUAUUAUCAAGUACUUCUGAACAUUUCAAGUACUCCUUCUUCAGAAUUGCAGCCACUGUCAAAUUGGUCUCAUGAAUUAGACGACUUUCUCUCUAAGUUGAAGAGCAAUAAGUUCUCCAGUGAAGAAUUGCAUUACUUCCAACAGUUCAUACCCAAUGUUUACUAUCUAUUUGCGAUUUACAACCAGUUUCAAGGUAAGCUAGCAACUGCAAAGCAAUAUUUCAUUAAAGUCCUAGAGUUAAAAUCAGAGAGAAGAUCAAAGCAAAAUUUCAAAAUUUCUCUAGCUCAAUUUGAACUAGGUAUAGGGUGCAAUUCUCUUGAAGGUGUGGGGAUUUUUAGUGAGGUAUAUGUCUACUCAUUGAAACAUCUUUUGAUAAUACUUGAAUACGAAGUCUCAUUGAAAGAUUCUAUCAUCGAUGAAGAAACCCAUAAGCUAAGAAAUUAUGUAUAUGGAGAAUUGGCAAGUGCAUUUAGUGACCAAAUUUCGACAACAUCAAAUUCAUUCAAUAUCAACUUUGUUAAGUCUCUUCCUCAUUUGCAGAUUUUGUACCAAGUCAUCCUCAGCAUAUAUAAGCAAACAACCUCAAUGGGAACCUUUGAAUCAUGCAAUUUCCAAAACAUUGACUGGGAAAGCUUUUCCAGAAAUUUCCCUAUAAUUGGUGGCUUGGCAUCAUAUAUUUCUUGGGUAAACUCUUCUGAUAUUGACAGGAGAAACAAGUAUUAUACUAACUUUCAUGAUAUUACCAAUAAAGUCUCUGAAACCUCCAUUGAUGGGAAGAUUUUGAAAAUUUUCUUAUUGCGUCUGAUGAUUGAGAAACUGAGAAGUAUAGGAGAGGAGAUAGAGAAAAUAUCUCUAUUAGAACUUCAAUUAGCAUCAUUGGUUCAGCAAAUCCAAAGUAGGUUGGAGCUGCAUCAAUAA